CUUCGAGUGGUGCUGGAACUCGUACGUCCAGACGGGCGCCGAGGCCGGCGUCGAGGUCGCCGUGGCCUUCCUGCAGUACACCAUGUGUCCCGGCGGCGUCUUCCCCAUGCAGCUGCGUCAGGCUGCCGCCGCUCUCGGCUCGCUGCUUGAUGCGGGCGUGGAGCCUGCCGACAUCGCCAUCGGCGGCGACUCGGCGGGCGGGAACCUCGCGGCGCAGCUCAUCGGCCAUCUCCUUCACCCUCACCCGGGUGCUCGACGCAUCGAGCUCAAGGAGCCCCUUGGAGGCGCCUUCCUCGUCUCGCCCUGGCUGAGCCUCAACACGCAGAGCCCGUCCUUCAUCGCAAACGACUACAACGACAUGAUCUCGAGCAAGGUCGUGCAGCGUCUCGGCACCGAGUACUUUGGUGGCGUUGAGGGCUUCAAGCAGGCGUGCAGAGGCAAGAACCCGUGGGCGACGCCCAUGGACGCUGAUGCCUCGUGGUUCAAGGGCAUCGACGAUGUCGUGGCGCGCGUCUACGUGACGGUCGGCAAGCGCGAGGUCCUGGCAGACCACGGAAUAGGAUUCGUCAAGGCGCUCCGUGCCUUAGGUGUUAUGAGCGACAUUCGGCUGGAGGAGACGGAAGGGGAGGCGCACGAUUGGAUCCUGCUCGAGGGCGAGGUGGGCAGCGUGGGCGAUGCGACGAAGCGGAUGAAGGAUUGGUACAAGUCUGCGAUUACCGUUAGCUGAUGUGUCGCCUGAUGAUUGAUGCAACACGUUUUCAAGGUAUCAGUCGAUCGGGGCGUCAUAGGGACGGAACGGAGACGGCAAGCACGCACAUCGUCGUCGUCUAGUGGCCAGGAAGCCCAGGGGACUUUGGCUCGUUUCUGCAAGAGCAAUGACGAUAUGACGUCGGUGUUGUACUGUGAU